AUUAAUGCCAUCAUUCAAACAUCUAUUUUCUGCUCCUCCUCUUGAUUUCAUUUCCUCUGAUAGGUGAAACCGUGCGAGUGUAGCAGCCGUCUUUCCAAUCUGCUUGCUCUAAAACCUGUGUGACAGUAAAUGUAGCAAUUAAUAUUGGCUUGAAAUUAUUAUUGAAGUUCAUAAAUGCCCUCUUCAUUUAUAGCAGUAGUUUAUGGUGAUAACGAUCAUUUUUCAAUUUUAUAUCUGGGGACUCACCAGAACUUGUGAAGUCUUUAAUAGUAGGGUGCCGGAUCAUGUGAAAUGCUGCAGCUGUACCUUGUUACACAUUUAAUAGGAACACUUUGAAUCUUCAUGUAUAUAUUCCAACUAAGCCAUCAAUAAAGUCUUCAAACUGUAGGCAUAUUUCUUUAGGCCUGUUGCUCACUAGCCUACAUUUUCGCUCUGCUAGUAAUGCACACUGAUUUCAAGCCACUUGAGUUUGUAUAGUUGCUGCAAAUAUGACUACUUUCUCGCUUGGGACCCACAAAUUGUUCCUCAUUGUGAUUUUCUUCAUGGUCGUUUCUGUUGAUUGGAGCCUUAGGGUGAUCCCAAAUCAUGCUAGGUUGACAAGUUUGCAAGAAGAGAAAGCAGCAAUUAGAGAUCAAAAGGAGGAAGCAAGACAAGACAAUGUGGGAAUGGAACUCUACCCAACCGGCUCCACUAUACCAGAUUGUUCUCAUGCAUGUGGACCGUGCUCUCCUUGCAAGAGGGUCAUGGUGAGUUUCAAGUGCACGAUUGCAGAGUCUUGCCCCAUGGUUUACAAAUGCAUCUGUAAAGGAAAAUACUACCAUGUACCCUCCAAUCGAUGACCAUUAAUUUUGUUUUUUAUUUUGUUGAUCAUUGUUGUAAUUCUGAAGAUGAUAGUGAUUUGAGUUAGACAAUUUUACCAUUUGGAGAUGCUUAGAUUGAUUAGAAACACGGUUCAAAACCAUGGAAGAAAUUUUCA